CAGUGAUCCUGUGUGGUCCCUUCACUCCCCAUCCCGAGGAAUGCAAGGGGCUGAAUUCCAGGCCUUAGUGGGGGUCUGUGGGCAAAGUGGAAAAGGAGGCAAGGCAGUGCAGGCCAGUGGCAGAGGAAUGGGGGGGCAUUCACUCUCGCUGCCGAGUUCCAUUUCUGGGGCACCCCAAUGUUGUCCUUUCUGGGCCAAGGCCAGGGAGGUGGGAGGUCAGGGGUCCUCAUAGCAGAAGCUGUCCCCCACGAUCUCAGGAGGGAGAGAGGGAGAGGCGGGGCUAGGGCUGGAGGGCGGUGCUCACGGGACCGGGCAGCUUCGGGCUCUGGGGACCCCUGUGCCUCGCCCACUUCUCCCUUGCCCGGGCUCCGCGGGUCUGGCACUGCGGGCCGCCGGGUGCGUGGGGCCUGUCCGCCCCGCCGCCGCUGUCCCCGGCCGCGCGGCCUCGGGAGCCCCCUCCCUCGCUGCGCGCUGCGCGCUCCGCCCGAGCCGCCGCCGCCGCGUGCUCCCGCUGUCUCCUCGCUCCAGCCGAGCGAGCCGGAGGAACCGGGGAGAGGGAGAAAGCGAAAGGGGGAGGAGGGAGAGGCGAGAGGGAGAGAGAGGAGGGAGGGGGGGAGAGCGAGCGAGCGAGGGAGAGAGGAGGCGGUGGCGAGGGAAGAGCGAGUGCGGAGCGCCGAGCGGGGCUGCUCCUGAGCCAGCGGAGCCUUCUCGGAUAGCCGCCCCGGCCCCCUGCCCGGGCCCGGCCCCAGCCGCUUGCGUGGUCGGAGGAGACGCGGCCCCCGCCGCCGCCGCCCGAGCCCGGCCCCGCACCGCACGCCCCUCGCCGCUGGCCAGCUGGUGCCCGCGCGGCCCCGGGACGCCGCUGCCCGCUCGGGGGCCGGGAUGCAGCCGGGGCAUGGCCGCCGGGCCCCCGUCACCUGCCGCGGGGAGCGCUGAGCCCCUGUUGGGGACACCGGACUCUGGAGAGAGUGAUGAGAACAACGGCCUCUUGCUAAGAUGUUGAGAAUCUGUCUCUGAGAACCUGAAGCUUUUCCUGCUGAUUCUCACUAUUCUCCCAGCAAACUUCCACCCGAGAAAGUUCCGGAAAGAGCCCCACAGGAGGCCUCCCUGCUACAGCGAAGCAGACCUCACCCACCCCUACCAGCGUUAAGUCAGAACGGCCAGAGGAAGAUCCCGCCAGUCUUCCCCCUGAGCGGGUCCGCGGGCCCCUCCGGCCGGGAACCCGUCCCCGGAGCUGUCCAUCGGCAAACAGAGCGCCCACAGUGCCUCGGGGAAAAUUGGCUGAAUAAAAGGGCAAUCAGGACGCCACGGCUCCGCCUGAAGCGAUGGCCCAGCCCUACCCCCCUGCCCAGUACCCCCCUCCACCCCAGAAUGGCAUCCCCGCCGAGUAUGCGCCCCCACCUCCGCAUCCCACGCAAGACUACUCAGGCCAGACCCCGGUCCCCCCGGAGCACGGCCUGACCCUGUACACACCAGCACAGACCCACCCGGAGCAGCCGGGCGCCGAGGCCAGCACACAGCCCAUCGCCGGGGCCCAGACAGUGCCGCAGACAGACGAGGCGGCCCAGACGGACAGCCAGCCACUCCACCCCUCCGACCCCACAGAGAAGCAGCAGCCCAAGCGGCUGCACGUCUCCAACAUCCCCUUCCGGUUCAGGGACCCCGACCUGCGGCAAAUGUUCGGGCAAUUCGGAAAAAUUUUAGACGUGGAGAUCAUUUUUAACGAGCGGGGCUCCAAGGGUUUUGGGUUUGUAACUUUUGAAACUAGCUCAGACGCUGACCGAGCCCGGGAGAAGCUGAAUGGGACGAUCGUAGAGGGACGGAAAAUUGAGGUCAACAACGCCACAGCCCGCGUCAUGACCAAUAAGAAGACGGCGAACCCCUACACCAACGGCUGGAAGCUGAACCCCGUGGUAGGCGCCGUCUACGGGCCUGAAUUCUAUGCAGUGACGGGGUUUCCCUACCCCACCGCGGGCACAGCCGUUGCCUACAGGGGCGCGCACCUACGGGGUCGGGGCCGGGCCGUGUAUAAUACGUUUCGGGCUGCGCCGCCCCCGCCCCCCAUCCCAACUUAUGGAGCGGCACUGGAGCAAACGCUUGUUAAAAUGCCAGUCCCAUGGGCAGGGCUGGCACCCUGCCCCCUCCCUCCGCAGACACCGGAGCCGGCCUACCCCACCUCUCCAGCGUUCCCACCACUCUCUUGUCCGUUUGCUUCCAGGGUCGUGUAUCAGGACGGCUUUUACGGUGCUGAGAUUUAUGGGGGCUAUGCAGCCUACAGAUACGCUCAGCCUGCAGCGGCCGCAGCAGCCUACAGCGACAGUUACGGCAGGGUCUACGCGGCUGCUGACCCUUACCACCACACCAUCGGCCCUGCGGCGACCUACAGCAUCGGAACCAUGGCCAGCCUGUGCCGAGGAGGGUACAGCCGCUUCACCCCCUACUAGCAAGAGGGCCCAGCCCCUAGCAGCACUCACGCUGACCGCACAGCACACACCAAACCCAGCAGUCCAAAAGCAGGCACAGCCACCGGGAGGACAGUGCGCCCCCCCCAGUCAGCGGCCCGCGACGCCAAAGCCCGUAGGGUCCACCUCCGGCCAGCGGGUCUCCCUGCCCCUCACGAUGGCGUGUGUGUCUUUGACCCUGGUUGCCCCUGUAUGUCUGAAACCUUGCUUCCUAUUUUGACUUUGUUGAUGAUGUUCCCCCCAAGCCAUUUCAGGUACAGUAUGCACACGCGGGAGGGGCUGGCCUGGGCACAAGACCCCUCCCGGAGAACUAGCAAUAGAGCCCGCCAGGGCGACCCCCAAUUCCCAUCCCCGGGGCUAUGGAGCCACAGAAGACACCCACAGCCACUGCCCCUCCCCGGGGUCCGGGGAGUGAGCGCGAGCUGCUGACCAGCGCAGCGGGGUUUCCGGCCCGGACCACGGCCCCUCCCACCGCGUCUGCUCUCCUCACCCCAGAACAGCU